CACAGAGUGAGAUCUCUCCUUUGAUCUGGUUCUUCUUCGAAAUCGAAAGGUCGCAGCCGUUCCGGGUGAAACUCUGCCAGGAAGUUCUCUAUAGCUACUUCGAAAGCCAGUCAUGAGUGAUACUGAAUUACCAUCGGGAUGGGAAAAACGCGUCAGCCGGUCUACCGGUCAGACAUAUUACCUAAAUAUCUACUCCAAGGAGAGCCAGUGGGAUGCCCCUACAGAACCAGCUAAGCCAUCUGGAGGAGGAAGCAGCACUGGAGGGCCUGACAGAGUCCAGUGUUCUCAUCUGCUGGUGAAACACAAAGGGUCAAGGAGGCCAUCAUCAUGGCGGGAAGAAAAUAUCACAAUCUCAAAGGAGGAAGCCAUUUCUCUUCUGGAAGACUACCGCAAGCAGAUUACUUCUGGUCAGUGUUCUUUCGAUGAAUUAGCAAGUAGGGUCUCGGACUGUAGCUCAGCUAAGCGAGGUGGUGACCUUGGACUCUUUGGUAGAGGUGCAAUGCAGAAGCCAUUUGAAGAAGCUGCAUUUGCUUUAAAAGUAGGAGAGCUAAGUCAGAUUGUUGACACAGAUUCUGGAGUUCACAUCAUCCUACGAACAGCAUAAAUUUGGACAUCGUCAUCGUGCAUGCCCUCUUAACUACACACGAUCCCAGUAGCUGUUCAGUGUUAAUGCAUCAACUGUUAACCAGUUAUUAACCUGAUGAGUCUUGUUACUGAUUCUAAUUGUGGAUAAUCACGUAAGAAGUUUUUGUGGUUGCAGAGUUGCAGUGUACUGUACUAUAUCCAGUGUUUGAUCACUAAUAUUUUCAUUUCAGUACCUGUUAGGCCAUGUACUGCAGUAAAUGUUUUAGUUAUACUGGAGUACUCUACUGAAUUAUAAGCCAUAGCUUGAGACAAUUAUAUCAUCUUAAUUCUUAUACAUCUCAAGAUUCAUUUAGUACCAUAAGGUAUUUCACAAAUAUAAAUGUUGCUGAGACCAUGUUCAUUGUUCAUAAUAGGUAAUUCUUCUUAAAGUACAUAGUUUGUUAUAACUGAUGGAGUUGUUGUUGGAUGGGUAAAUAUGUACUUAUAGUUGUAUUGUGUUUGUGUGAGAAAUUUGUUAAACUUAUAAUACCUAUCAGAUUUUGAUUUACAUUUCAUUCCAGGUAAUUUAAUGUUUGUGUAUUUAUUUUGCAACUUCAUUUUUGGUAUAGAUUUUGGGAGCUGUAAGUUCUCUGUAAGUAACCUUGUCACUCAUGAGAAUAUGAAAUUUUUGUAACUUGCUAUUUAUUUUCUUGGCAGUAUUAAAAUUAAGACAAUGACAAAA